GUUAGUUAAUAACCAAGCAUUUGUUAUAUGUCAGUCUUUGUUUGAUAAUUAUGGGAUGAGUCAACUGUCUAAAUGUAUCCUUCAUAGGUUAGUUAAUCAAGUAUUUGUUAUAUGUCAGUCUUUGUUUGAUAAUUAUGGGAUGAGUCAACUGUCUAAAUGUAUCCUUCAUAGGGAUAUAAAACCUGACAACAUUUUACUGGAUGAGAAUGGGCAUGCUCACAUAACCGAUUUCAACACAGCUAUAAUCUUAGGAGACGGAGAACUGGCAACGUCAAUGUCAGGCACUAAACCUUACAUGGCGCCCGAGGUUUUCGACUGUGCCCUAGACCGAUGUCUAGGAUACACAUUUCCAGCGGACUGGUGGUCGUUAGGGGUCUGUUGCUACGAGAUGUUGUGUGCAGCA